AUGACCACUUCAAACAAGGCUAUCUACAUUGAUGCCCAAAAUGUCCUCUCCAUCCGAGACAUGCCGACUUAUCACCCUGGGAAGAACCAAGCUUUGCUCCUAGUACAUUAUUCAGGCGUUAAUCCUGCUGAUUUGAAGCAUGGAUGGGAGUUCGGAAUGAAUGACUCAGUUAGUGGAUACGAGUUCAGCGGCACUAUCCUUGAGACUGGGUCUGAGUUCCCCUACAACAAGGGUGACGAUGUUUAUGGCUCGAAAAGGAUUGGUGACGGGUCCGAGUUUGGCGCCCACCAGGAUCUCAUGCUUGUCGAGGGCAACACACUUCUCGCUAAGCGGCCGUCAACCCUACCAAACGCUGAUUCCUCCACCAUGUCCAUAGUUGUCCGUACAGCUGCGGAUGCUUUAUUCAAUGUCAUGCAAAUUCCGUUCAAGGCCCUGGGGUUUCCGGGGAAGGGCCCAACUCAAACGGCUAUCAUGAUAUGGGGGGGCGCUAGCGGAGUCGGAUCAGCAGCGAUCCAGCUCGCAAGAGCCGCAGGCCUGGAUCCCAUCAUCACCACAGCUUCGCGCAACCAUCAUGAGGCGCUUAUGAACCUCGGGGCAACGCACUGCUUUGAUUACUAUGACAGUAAGGUUGUUGCACACAUUCAAGCCGUGCUAAAUGCGAUCGACCCACCUCUGCAAUACAUUUUCGACACGGUGUGCACGGAAGGAGAGUUAUCCUCAUGGAAGCAUUGUGAGGCAUUGACAGCUGCACCUACGGCAUGCUACGUCGGUUCUCUCCCUGUGGUGGGUUCAAAGUGCAAAUGGGAGUGGUGCUUGGCUGCCCGUGCUUGGGAUCUUCAUUUGCCUCCCCCCGUUGGUUUCACGCCAGCAGAUCAUGAAAAGGAGACACGACUGGUGAAAGUAACAGACUGGGUGGCUAGAGAAUAUGGGGUAGCAUUUAGCAUUCCAAAUGUGUCAGUGAUUCAGGGGGUGGAUGCAGCACUGCAGGCCAUUCAAAUGUCAGGUGAGGGCCAGGUGAAAUUUAAGAAGCUUGCUAUUAAACACCCUCUCGUUGGGUAA